AUCACACAAAAAAAAAACCAAUUCUCUCUCACUUUUCUCUAAAAUCAAAAUACCAAAAAAUAGAAAAAAGGUUCAAGAACGUGAGAAAGAUGAUGAAGAACACGUAGUAGAAAAAAUCCUCCAAACUUCCACGUUCUUUUCCGAUCACUCCUUUCCGACGCCGGCAGUAGCGCGAGUCACCACCAUCACCGAACACACUACUUUCUCCUACCGGCGGCCACUACGGAAACGCGGACGCGUCUCCUUCGUCUCUUCCAAUCGUGCGAUCUCCUCCUUCCGGUUUCCAACUCCGAUUCAAACUCCUCUUCGCGCUUCCGGACUCUUAUCAUAUGGACAAUUUACGCCAGCAGAAAAUACAAAAGUAUGAAGAAUUUGUUGAUAAACGUUUGAAACCUGAUCUUCUUCAUGCUACUGCUCAGAGGGACACGGUCUUUGAACAGCAGAAAAUUUUUGCUGAUUUGCGAAAAAAUAUUGAAAACCUAGAGAAGAAUAGUGUAACCAGUCUGAGAACUAUGGUUAAUCUUGGGUCUGAGGUGUACGCGCAAGCAGAAGUGCCCAAUACACAACACAUAUUUGUGGACAUAGGUAUGGGAUUCCAUGUGGAGUUUACUUGGUCCGAAGCUUUAAAUUUCAUAGAGAAAAGGGAAGAAACGAUAGUCAGCAGGCAGAUAGAAGAGUACACUAAAUUAAUUGCUUCAAUCAAAGCUCAAAUUAAGCUGGUUUGUGAAGGGAUUCGAGAAUUACUUGAGUUUCCAGCUGAGAAACCCUCGCCACAACGGAUAUUUUGAUAUUUACGGAGUACAAACCAAAUCACUUAUUUCAGAAUUUGUCACCCCAUCGGCAAAGAAGGAAUGCGAUUAUGUUAAUUUUCUUUUGUUGGUAUUUAUCCUUUAUGAAAGAUUGCAUCUUUCUUUGGUCUUAGUUGUCUUUGUAAUUAAUUUUUGUUCAGUGUAGUUUAGUAUUUUGAUGACUAAACAUGAACAGAAACAUUAACCAAACACCCAUGUCCUUUUAUGAUUAUCUGUAGUUAAAAUUUGAAAAUUAACUUAUACUAUUAUUUUUGGUAAAAAAGUACAAAUGGGUCUAUUUACUA